AUGGCUUCAAAGAGCUCUACACCUCUUGCAUUGAUCCUCGCAUUUAACCUUGUUUUAUGUAAUUUUGCCUCAGCUGCCAACACACCCUCCUGCUCUGUCAACGGUGGCUACCCUGCAUUAAGUGUGUGUGUUGGUCUGCUGAAUGGAUUACCCCUCGGCAAACAAUCUUGCUGCCCACUCAUUGCUGGCAUUGUUGAUCUUGAGGCUGCAGUGUGCCUAUGCCUUGCUCUUAAGGCUAAUCUUUUGGGCAUCGUCGUCGACGUCGAUGCUGCCUUGACCUUGCUUCUUAACCAGUGUGGACACGCCUACCCAGCUGGUUACAGAUGCAGCCUCUAA